AGAGAGGGCAGGAAUGUCAAUUACAGCGGAAAUUGAGGUAGACCGGGAUAACGCUUCAAUACCUAAUGCUCUCUCGUCCUUGUGCCUAAGAGGAUGCUGAGGCUUGGCAUUCCUCUGGCUCGUGCAUCAUUCAUCAGGGAACGUACGCUGGUCCGCGCGGACAGGCAGCCAUGGCGGCGCUCGUCGCUCCAUUCGAUGAUGAGCGGCAGGAUUCGUUCGUCUAUACGAUUGUUUCAGAUCACGAAAUUCUUAAAAGUGGCGUGAAGACGAAGGCAGAAGACGCUACGGGAGUCUUGGAGAGCCUCUCGGAACUACACAGAAGUAACCCUGGAGAUAUUUAUUGCAGCUCCAAGUCAAUGGAAAACCUUGUCAAAGAUGCUGAGGACAAGUUAUUUGUAUCCGUGUGCUUCCCAAAUGCUGAAAGAGAAUACGGCAGCGUCUCUCCCGCCUACGUAAUCACAGAGGACACGUGGUUGAGACAGGACGAGGUUUGGAACUCUCUGACUCAAAGCUAUGGCUGCGUAACGCCCGUCGACUGGAAACACUCCCGGACGCGCGCUCUUCACACACUCCCUCCCGAUCUGGGGCCAAGCCAAAGGAGGAGUGAUGUAACCACAGAGCUGUCUGUCGGGGAGGAGGAGGAGGAGGAG